UGAGCCGGUCAGCUGUUUAUCAAUCAUGAUAAAUAAUGCGCUCGGAUCAGAGGACAGUAUCAGCAUGGAUCAAAAACCUGAAGAAUGCACGCAAAGCCAAAGCCACAGAUGUCAGCUGCUGGACCUGCCGUGGGAGGAUGUGUUAGUUACACACGUGUUCUGUUACCUGCCGCUGCGUCACCUGGUCAGCUUACAGUGCGUCAGCAAGAGCUUUCGUUCUCUCAUCCAGGUGUAUCUGGCCAACUGCCGGAAGUUUGACCCUGCACAGACGGGGCCUCACAUUCCUAAAGAAGCCUUUUGCUCAAUGCUUCGCCACAACCAAGUUCUCCACCACCUCUGCGUCAGCAACUGCUCCGAUUGGAUCACGGACAAAGAGCUGCUGCCGGUGAUUGGUCAGAACCAGCACCUUCUGCGUGUGGACAUGCACGGCUGCGUUCACCUGAGCCGUCACGCGCUGGUGGCCGUGUCUCUGAGCUGCCCGCGGCUGCAGCACCUGAGCCUGGAGCACUGCGAGUGGGUGGACAGUCUGGCGCUGCGCAGCCUGGCCGAUCACUGCUCGGACCUGCGCUCGCUGGACGUCACCGCCUGCAGACAGCUGAAGGACGAGGCCGUGUGCUACCUGGCGGGGAAGUGUCCGGCGCUGCGCUCGCUCUCCGUGGCUGUUAACGCCAACAUCACGGACACCGCGGUGGAGGAGGUGGCCAAAAAGUGCAGAGAGCUGGAGAGGCUGGACCUCACUGGGUGCCUGCGAGUGAGAAACGAAGCCAUCAGGACGUUAGCAGAGUACUGCCCCAAACUGCAGUCUCUCAAGGUGAACCACUGUCACAACGUAACCGAGUCCAGUCUGGGCGCUCUGCGCCGGCGUAAUGUGGACAUCGAUGUGGAGCCUCCCCUGCAGAGGGCGCUAGUGCUGCUGCAGGACGUGGUGGGAUUCGCUCCCUUCAUUAACCUGCAGAUUUAGCACAACAGUCCAGAAGAGGUCCUCUCUCAUCCACGAUCUUACUCUGGAAGGCCGACUUUUGAAACGACACACUUUUACUCCAAUGCAAUAUCACAGAAGACACAACAACAAAUCCACAUUUCACGUGCUUGAUUGUUUCAGUGUAUUUUAGCAAUUAAGAAACUUUCUUUGGUUUGAAAGCAAGCUGCAGGCUUUCAGAAUGACGACUCGAGCCAAUCUGGUCCCAUUGUUAAAGGUAUUUAUGAUAAUCAUUAGAAGGAAGUUCUUAUUGAAGCAGCUUUCUGUUUUCAUGCAGGAACCAAAAGAUGUGUCAUUUUGCACUUAUGAAAUACUGAAAUAUUUGCAGUACAUCUGAACAUUACAGUCCUUCAGCUUUACUGGACCAUCAGGUUUUCUCUCGGCUUCGUUAGACAAAUCUGUAAACGAGAACGCAGAUCUUCCUUGAAAUAAUUCCAGAGUGCUAUCAAAUCGUGUUUUACAGAAGCAAACUGGCAUAUUUAGAGCUCGGUGUUGAUUUAAUUCACAUUAAUCUAAUAAUAGAUAAGAAUGGCAUCAUGUUUAGGAACUAUACUACAUUAUGUAUAUAGGAAUCUAUAUACAUUAUAGAUUUUUAUUUAAAUGUGACUCGUAUGGAUAUUGAUUCAUAUGCUCUUUGAAACCUCAGUGUGAAAAGGAUUAAAGCUGGAAAAUCAAUAUUGGUUCUGAUUUACUUCACAGGGUUGCAUUGUUUAAAUAAGACAAAUCUUAUGGUAUAUUUAAUAUUGUUAUCAAAUUGGACUUUUUGCUGUUUCUCUGUAUGUUGCAUUCAUAAUAUUUCAUCAAGAUCCUAAAUUUACAGAAGUGAAACAUUUAUAAAGUGUGGCCAGGUCUGUAUGUGGUUGGCUAUCACAAUGUGCUUAUUUUGUAUGCUGGAGGACUUUUAGGAGCUCUGUAUUUGUUGCUUUAUGAGUAUUUCAAGGAGUAUCAAGAUACUGUAGCAUAAAAAAAAAAGUUCUUGGAUAAUUAUUCCACAUUUUAACAAUAUCACGAUGGUAUAUGAUUUUUGCACAUGCACUGUGCUUUAAUGUGCUUUGCUUUUGUAUAAUUCUGGAAAUGUGUGGUUGUGAAUUAAGUGCAUAAAUGUUUUAUGCAAAUUGCUGAGAAAGUAUAAAGUCUUAUGCAAUACGAUGCUUUGAAAUAUUAUCUGGUCUUACUUGGAUCACAUGGUAUGUUAAUGCAGUA